GUGGCACCCCAAUCUCUCACGAACUUAGCAUCUACUAUAAAUGGCCUUCUUCAACAAGUUGUUACACUAUCACACCUAUCUUUACUGCAACUGAUUUCGAAUCUGCUCAAUAUUUUGCAACUCAAACACAACUCAAAGAAGUUCGCAAAACCCUUUACCAUGCUUGUAAUCUUGAAAACAAAUCACAGAAAAAGGCCUUAAUCUAUAAUAAUAUAACCCGAUGUUAUAACAGUUUUGCGUUUAAUACAACUCUGAUAAUCAAUAGUAUAUUAAAACAGAACCGUAUACCAGUGUUAUUUACCAAUAUUACAACCUCUACUGAUAUCAUAAUCUUACUUAAUGAAAUCAAACAAGCAACCAGACAGCACUUUCAGUUCUGGACCAAACUUAAUCCACCUGAUAUGACAUAUUGGGGCGAGUAG